AUGAACUCCUCGUCGUUGCUGCAUUUGAACUUGGCCAACAACAAAAUCCAGGUUAUCGAGAAUUCAUCUUUUGAUCUCCUGCCGUUUUUACGACAGCUCAACUUGGACGGAAACCCGAUCAAGUUCGUGACCAGGGACGGAAGAGGUUUCGUCUACAGUCUCGGUUCUCUCCGGGAGCUCAGUAUGAAGAGAUGCGGUCUGGGGGAGAAAACUACCGCACGGGGCAACCGGUCCAACGUGCAGGGCUUUGUGUACACCCUGACCAAGUCAAAACUAGGCUCGUUGAAGAAACUAAGUUUGGAAAACAACCGUCUGUCAACACUCCCUGUCCCGCUAUUGGACGCGUUACCUUCACUAGAGGCACUGUUUCUGGGCAACAACACCAUAUCCGAAAUUCCGGAAAACGUUUUCCUCAAAACUCCGGAUCUCCGCAUGAUAGACCUCAGCGGCAACAGAAUCCGGACGGUUUCCAUGGAAACGACGGAUCAGUUCGUCAAGCUGGCUUCCCGGCAUUCCAUUCGGGUGAACCUCACCAACAACCCUUUUUACUGCGACUGCGCACUGGUGGGGUUCAUCAGCUGGAUGCACCAGACGCGAAACGUCACGAUUGUGAACAGCGUCACGUACAAGUGCACAGCCAGCCAAUCAGGACCUCUGUCGGGUAGAAGCCUAAUUAAUUUAAUCCCGAAAUACCUCGGUUGUUCGUCGACGUCACGAGGUACGGGUUUGCGGCUUCCAUACGCGGGGCUGGUCGUGAUCGUCGUGGUUCUGUCGUUAUUGUUCGUGACGGUGAUGUACUUGAACAGGCGCGGCAUCGCGCGGCACUGCACCGAGCUGCAGAACGCACGGAAGGGCCGAGUGGAGGAGCGGGAUCGGCCGUGCGUCGCUCUGCCCUACUCAGAAGUGACGUCCACCAUCUCGUGAUCCCUGUAGUUCCGCCGCGUAGAGACAGGUGGCGCGAUUUUUAUGGUACGGUGUCGUGACUGGCGUGUUGUGUAGAAAAGACGAUGUCUGACAUUCCACGUAGUUUCAUCACCUAGAUGCCUUGUAUAUGUAUGUAUGUACGUAUGUCACCUUCUCAUCUGGUUGGUUAUUGUACGUAAUGUUUACCAAUGUUGGCUCUGUACGUAGGUUGUACGUAUUUAAUCCUAUCGCACACAGGUAAGAGUUGAGGUGAUAUAAAUACACACUGACAACGACGGAAGGCCAUGUUGAUUUAGUGUAUGCCUGUGGCUCUUUUAUAUUAAUGACAACCACUGGGCACCCCAAAACUGAUGCGAGCAUGGGAAAAAGUUGGGAAAUGACUGAACACAUAGAGCAUUGUAUCUCUCUGUGUGCAUUGUAUACCAAACAUCAAACUCUAUAGUUUUGUUCUUUCACAUCUUUCAUUUUGAAAGACUUGUACAAAUGAUAGUGGCUCUAUGGUCGGAUUUGAAGGGGUUUAUCUGCCAAAUUUCGAUGUAAACUGGAAAAAUUACAAGCAAUAUUUCGUCCGGAAUAAGUAACUGUUAGAAAAUAUCUACUGGGCAAAUGAUAGGCCACUGAGCACCUUAAUAAGGCGGUUUUACUUGAAAAUCUGGUCUGGCAAUUAAUUAGAACUUAACAUGUAUGAAACAUGGACCAUUGUAUGCUUAGACUAUCCAAUUUAACAAAUUAAAAGUGUAUACAUUAGCACUAAAGGUAGGAGAAACUGUACACUGACAAUAAAGUUCUGUGUAAAAAGACGAGGUUUUUGUAGACCGACUACGCAGGUGGUGUUUGUCCGUGUUUACUUAAUGUCUAGUACAUCAA